GCUCAUAGAGCUGAAAGUACCUCUUUGUACUCUGCGCUAGUAACGAGGACCAUGUUAUCAAUCCAACAUCAUCGUGAUGUCGAGAAAGUUUCGACGCUUCAUUGCUUCUUCCGCAACCCAGCGCUACUGAAGCUAGCGAUCGCUCUGGAUCCAACGGCGGGAGAUUGACGUUUAGCGAGAUAUGGAUGCUAACCAGUGCACCGAGCAAUGUCAGCGCACGAUCCUGAAGAAGAGCAGAUUGCUCAAGCAAAUUCAAGAGCAAUAUGGGCCUUAGCCUGUCUCAAAGGCCUACCACUAACCUCAGGAUCGCCGAUGAAAUCAAAAUCACCCGCAUCGCUAGGUCAGAACAGCUCAACAUUCUGGAAAGUCGGGAAAGCGCCAUCAAGAAUCAAAUCAAGGACGACCUGGAACAAUGCUCUGGUCAGCUUCUCGCGCCUCUCCUCAGCAACAUUCACGCUUCACUUCCGUUGGGGGUCCGUGAGAGUAUCUAUGAGAAUGUCUUCGACACCAGCAAGCCUAUAGUCAUCCCAAGAAUGGAAGAUACCAACACCAAGUUCAUGAACACAGGAAUACAAUCUGGCAGCGCUGGAGCGGGCGAGCAUAUGAAAGCCAUGCAUGAAGAGUUGAAUCCGUUCAUGCAAGACUAUUGCUUCUCCACCGCUGUGAUGGGCUCACAGACCAGUACUGAAAUCAAAAACCUGGUACUGCGAAAAACGCCCUUCUACUUCCGUGGCUCAAGAAGGGUUCUGAACGUCAGACACCUACUGGAUACCGAGAUCCGGCCGGGGGGUUAUACUUUCGCAAUCUUGUCCGCCAUCUACGUGUCUACCUUCGCAGCAAUGCCGCCUUUCACGAAGCCGAAGACUUUGCAACGGGUGUAAGCAGGGUUCAAACAGCAAGCAAUUCACAACAUGACACACUCGACGUGUUGUCAACGUGUGUAACGUAUCUUGAUCGUCUAGAAGGCUUGGAGACGCUCAA